CCCACCAGGAUCGUUUUAAGAACGUCCUGGCCUGCAAGUUUGGGCAGCAUCAUUGCUGGUCCAAGCGAGAGUUGGAGAAGCUGAACUGCUACGAGCACUUCUCCGCCAUUUUCACCAACCGCCCCUGGCGCCGCCUAGUCUGCAUUCGCUAGAAGGUUUACCACGAGCUCGUGCUUCAGUUCUACACGACCUUCCAGCACACCGACAUGGAGAAUUGGAAGGACGGAGAAGCCGUCAAAUUCAGGCUCGGCGGUGAACCCCGAUCCAUGAGCUACCACGAGCUGGCGACCGCCCUCGGCCUCGGCCUGGUCGAUGACAGGGACUACAUCACCGAGCUUAUCGAGCUAGAGGGGGUGAACUUCAAGACACUGUACACCCGCCUCGCUCGGCCAGGCCAGGAUCCCUUCUCGGCGGGGAAGACGAAGGCCAGCACAUUGCAGCUCGACAACCGCAUCCUCCAUCACUUGCUGACCAAGUCUUACACUCCAGCCUCGAACAGUGCCAGCGCCAUCACCAAGAGAGCCAUGUACUUCAUCCAGUCUAUGCGCCAAAGGGAUCAUCCCCUCCACUUGGGUUCGAUGGUGACGAGGACCUUCGACAAGAGUGCUUCUGAGCUGAAGAAACUCCACUACACUCCACUCAUCACCCGCCUGGCCACUUACUUCCAGAUAUCACUGCAGGGGUGCAUAGAGCAGGGAGACACCAGUGCCUUUGGCGAGUUUACGAUCAGUAAAAUGCACCUACUUCGAGAAGAGCGAGGUGUUAAGUGGAUCGAGGGGUUUCCUCAACCUCAGAUCCCAGAGGAGGUCCAGCCGGAAGUUCCCGAGGGUGCGGCUGAUGAGGAUGUCCACCCCGAGGAUGUGGAUGAUACUGCUGCCGGCCGCCCCACCACCUUCGAGUACGGGGGUGGCAACUCCACUUUCCCCGGCCAGGACUACUUCACUCAGCAGUUUGAGCAGCUCCGUCUCCAGAAUCAGCAGCUCUAUGACCAUCAGCUCCAGUUUCAGCAGCAGUAUUCGGCUCACCAUGCCGAGUACCAGACCCGGUUGGCUGCGUAUGAUGAGCGCCUUGAUCGGAUGGAGACCCAGCAGAGGGUGACCCUAGCUCGCAUAGAGAGAGAGCAGGCCCGUUCUCGGCGCAUGCAGGAGGUCCAGCAGCGCCUGCUCCAGCUGCUACCAGGUGCGCAGCCAGUCUGGAGGACUCCUUGGGAGGACUCUCCACUUCCACCUCCCCCUGCUGCUGAUGAUGAUGAUGAUGCAUUCAUGAAUGACAUCGAUCUGGACAACCUUGGCGACGAGUAGGCUGUACUUGUCGCCCCUCAGUGUGUGUUUUUGUUUUAGACUUUUUAUGUUUGCUCCAUGUGUUUGAGGAGCUUGAAUUGAGUCUGUCGGUUGUUUUUGUCCUUUUUUCUUUCUUUUGUGGAUUGUUUAUUUUGUGGCCAUCUGGGCCAACUCUGAUCCCUAACGAACAUGUGCUAGUGUGUUCUUGUCAUUCCUUUAAGUGCAGAAAUGCCCGUUCGUUCCAUAUGUCCCCCGCUGACUGGUCCACUUCCAGUCUCCUGCAGCAUUUCAAUCCGGUAACAUCGUUCCCCUUCUCUAUCCCUCUGCUCCAUUGAGGGCAAUGUCGUGCUUAAGUGUGGGGGGUGCUUUGUAUCGGUUGGAAUUUAUAUACGUGUGCUUGGGGCCUAGUCCGCUGUCCAAAUCUCGAGAUUCGAGGGCUCCAAGUACGGUUGUUUGAUCAUAUUGGCACUGUGUUUUGAUUGGUGAAUUGAAUGGUUUUCGGAUUAAUGCAUGACAACUGGAUGGUGACUAGGACAACCUAUAAUGAUGACUGAGACGUGCAGUAGAAUUGUGUAGGGUUCAGUCUUUCAACUGUUUGCUUAUCAACUGUGACUUGGAUUGAUUACAUGUUCUUGAAAGUCUCUUAUGCAUCUAGUUCAGGGAAUCAGAAUGAGAGAUAGAGCAUAUAGGUAGCCAUGCGAGAUUUGAGCCUGCUCGUUUCUUUCUUGUGCGAUAGUUCCCUCUUCCAUGAUGUGUAGCAUUCACGUUGUCAUUAGCUAAGAUGAUGGAGGCAUAGGAUAAGCCCACGACCAAAUUGACUGUCCUGGUGUGUCAUACCCCCUAGUCAGCCCCUUUGAGCCUUGUGUUAUCCUUUCUUUCGGUCUUCAAUGAAAAGUCACCCUUUUGCAUUUUUUAGAAGGUUCCACAGAGUGAUUUUUACAUGUUCUCUGUUGUUUCUGCUAAAUGUAAUGUGAGAGUUGGAGGUAGUUCUUAAAAAGUUGGGCAGGUGUUUGAAAAUGCGCAGAGGUGGUGGUUUUCUUAAGAAAUGGAAAAAAAUGAAAGAAAAACAAAGAAAAAAUGGAAGCAAAAUAGAGCCACCACCAAAAAUAUGAAUAGUGCCCAUUAAGUAGUGUUUCUUAGAAGUCUGGCUUAGAAAUACUAGCAUUUAUGUGACCUCCUUCGCUCUUGUGCUCUGAAGGAUUUGAGUAAUGCAGAAUAGCAGAAAGAAAGUACUGGUUUGAUUGACUGUGAGUUUAUUGGGUUUGGAAAUGUGGAACCUUGUGCUAGGAAUACUUCCACCACCUAAAAGGCCUUUUCCCCAUGUCCAAGACCCUAGCCAGUCGUUUGAACCUAUGUCUAAGACCUCCUAAUUAGUUAGUGAUGACAACCAUUUAUGUGAACUCUAACAUUUAGAGGCUGCCGUCAUGGUGAAGAGAUGUUAGGAAUUGAGAGAAUAAGUAUGCGCAUUUUUCGCAUCAAAUUGUCCUGACCCCACUGGUCGAGAGUGAGCGAUUCAUUUCCUAGUUCUUUACACUCUUUACCCAGUGAGGACCUAGAUGGCUCGGUCUUGAUUAUGAUGUCUUGAGUUUUAUGCAUGAGUUGACUGUCUUGAGUAAGUGGCUGAGUUAAGUCUAGGUUGGUUGAUGAACAGAAGGGAGACUCCUCCCUUACUCGAUUUUGCUGCACUCGAAUGUUUUCUGUGGUGGUUGUCAGGUUGCUAUUGAGGUUGUUCAUGUGUUGAUGUUUGAAAGCCAGUAUGAUUCACGUGUUCUGUGCCUAUAUGAUUUGUCCCCAAUGUUGGUACGAUUGAAAUAUGUGAGCUUACCUUGUGUCUGACUUGGUUUGCUUGGGGACAAGCAAACGGUUAAGUGUGGGGGAGUUUGAUAAACCGUUAAUUGCACAUGUUUUCACCCCUAUUCUUGAGUCGUUUGAGGUGUUGAUUCUCGUGUUUUAGGCCGAUUUCAUGCUAGGUUGUGCUUGUUUGUGAUAUUUCAGGUCCUAGUAAGUGAAUGAAGGUUUAGGAGCGAGUUCGGGGUCAAAUUGGACGAAGAUGGGACGCGAGGCAAGUCGCUGAGGAAGCCACACGGGCACACACAAAACACACACGGCCGUGCAAGUCACCAAUGUGGCCGUGUGGGAUUGUGCGAGCCUUCACACGGGCACAAAUAAAUUCCACACGGCCGUGUGAAAGAGCAAUGUGGCCGUGUGGAAUUCUGCGAGGCUUCACACGGGCAGACUGGGUGAGCUACACGACCGUGUGUCUCUGGUCGUGUAGGUAGCCUGAAGUGCAAUUAUUGGAAACGUGGCGUUUUGUGUCUCACACUGACAACUGGGUAUGCCACACAGCCGUGUGGCCUGCCCGUGUGAUCGGGAUUUUCAGGUUUUUACCCGAUUUCGGGCCACAAGUGAGAGAAUCGAAUUUUCAGAGCAAAAACAGAGCCCUAGAGAAAGUGCGAAGAACACAUCCUAGAAGGUAUCUUGGAGCUGGGUUUCAUCAAAUGGAGCUUGGAGAUCGUCAUAGGAGUGGAAAUCAUCAUCCCAUAGCAGAUUUUCCUCAUCUUUAUGAGUAUGACUGCUUUGUAUUAUGUUUUCCUCUCUCUCUCUAUGGAGUAGAACCCUUCUCUCACUUGGGUAUGAAGAACCCUAGUUCCAUGUGUUAGGGAUUUGAUUGUAAUGACUUGGGAUGAUUAUACUGUUUGGUUUUAAUCGAAUGAUGCAUGUUUAUUGAAUUGAUUGAAGUCUGAUCAGCUUUUCUUGAUUUCUGCUGCAACCUGAGAUAGAUAGAAUCUGAUUAGGUUGUUAGAGUUUCAUCAUUCGUUAGUAGGAGAUUGGCUAUACGAGAGUUAGCCAGUUUACUGCUUUGUACUGGAAUCCAAUUCAAGUAGUGGAGUUCUGUGCUUAUUGCUUCAGCUUUCUAUCCCGGUGAAGACUAGUCGUCUGCCGGGUAGUUAGACUGAGAGGGCUUGGUCAGCUUAAGAGAUUCCAAGCUACUGUCGGAUCUUCCGCAGUCUAAUCAACAGUAAAUCAACCCAGGGUAAUUACAAUUGAGACCUAACUAAGGAGCUAGGGGGACUCAUUCCCGAGUGACUCUUCUUUGCUUGAGAAAACCGAGCCAAUUCCUGCUUUCUUACUGCUUUUGCUUAAAACAACAAUCACUUGACUUAGUUGGCUAGAUAAUAGAUAAUCACGGAGUAAGCAGUAGAUCUAGACCCCGGGUUGAUAAUAGAACUUGCCACUUUACUGCAUUCCAGGACUGCGAUUACACUUGGUCGCAGUUUGGUGUUGUGUUUUGGCGUGUCAACUUAUCCUAGAGAAGAACUAGCAUCAAAUAGGAUUAGUGAAACUCAACUAGUAUCUCUUGCAAAAUCCAAUUUUGUGCAAUGAACAGUUGCCUCACAC